CGAUUCUUGGCUUCACUUGCCCCAAUUUUUUUCGCUUUCCCCUUCGCGUCAUAUGAAUCUUCUUAUCCGCCCCUCCUCUCUCGUUCCUCUCCCUCCUCUCGUCCAUCUCGUUUGCAUCUCUCACAUAUACUAACUGCUUAACUAACCCAUUGAAAGCCCAAUUCGCACAUUUCGCCAGAGCUGUUCUUGCUAUUCCCGCCAUUCAACGCGUCAUGGUUGGGUUUCUCCCGCACCUCGUCUGCCUCGAGGUCGAUUAAAGCGCCUGAAACAGUCGAAUUGAGGCACCACAACCGAACGAGCCGGAGCACCAAGACCAUCCUCUCAAUUCUGUUUAGCCCACUAUAUCUCGAUAUCGAUCCGUUCCGAACCCCGAUAAUCCGUAAUGUCAUCCAGAGAAAGCGCAGGACCCGCCAGUCGGGAUCCCUCGCCGCCCCGGAGCUACCCCAACCACACCCGCUCCCAUUCCGAUGGUCCUAGGAAGGAGAAGAAGCGCGUUGGAUUCACUGGCGACCCCCUCGACCAGCGCCUCAGCAGUCGUGACGAGAGUUCCCUUCAUCCUCCCCCUGCCCGAGCUCAUGCUGAAGCUCAUGCUCACGCCCACACCAUCUUCCACUCCCCUGAUUCGCCCAAUUCCCCCAGAGAUCACGACUGGGGCCUACCGACGGCCACAUCCGAUAACGGCCCUUCGCCUGUUGAGCUGCGUCGCGCCCUGACCAGGAUCCUUGUCACCGAGGCGGAGGACUCUGAUCCAGGCUCCUCCGGCUCCGGCUCCGUCCCCGGCCCCAACCCCAGCCGGCCUCGUCCGACAUUGCGUCGAAACACGAGCUACGAUACCCCACAAGAGAAGGAGCAGGCCGACCUGGCAGAGAGACUCACCCCCUCUCGCCAGCAAAAGUCAGGAGUCGAGGCGAGACAGCGCGCCUCCCGCCUCGCCGUCAGCGUCGAGAGCUAUUCUUCGCCACCCUCUCGCCGGGGGUCCAAUGAUAUGACCCGGCAGCCUCUCCACGAAGUGGAGGAGGAGGGCCAAACCGAGAAAGAGGAAGAACAAGCAGCUCCCCCGUACGACAGAUCCGACCACAACGACCGCUAUGACCGCGACAACCGCGACAACCGCGACGAAGCCACCAGCACUGCCGUCGAUCACGGCGCCGAAUCGAGUUUACGUCCGAGGAAGACAUCCCACGUGGCCGCCGAAAAUCUCGUUCGCGCCCAUACGCAGCGCGCCAGGAAGGGGAUAGAUCAGCCCGAGCUCUUCAGGUUCAAUGCCGAGGACGCCCCUUUCUCCCGCCCCGGUACCCCCACCGACGAGCAGGACUAUAUCGACGACUACGUGCCCCGACCCGAGAUGUACCGCGGCGGUGUUCUGGGUCUUGUCCUGAAGCUGUACAACGGUGCCAACGGCGGCAACAGCGGCGACGCCAGCGGCCGCAAUACCCCCGUCACCUCCACGCCCAACACAUCGCCUCCGACUUCUGCCCCGCCCUCGAGGCCUUCGUCUCGCCCGCCCUCCGGGCCGCCGUCCAGGCCGGGGUCCGUACCGAGCUCCCCGAAGCGACCGUUGUCCAGGCCCUCCAGCGGCUUCUUCGGUUACCACAAGUCACAGGGCUCCAGGUCCUCUCUCGCCCUCAACGAGCUGAUGAAGUCCACGUCGGCCCUCAUCGCUCCUGCCUCGGCCGGCGUGUCGGGCGGCGUCUCGGAGAAGCUCAAGAAGGAGCCCAUCCCGUCGUCGGGCAAGAAGCCCGGCAAGCCGGCGUCUCGGGGCUCCCACGGGACCAAGGAGAAGAGGAAAGGCGACGACCAGGUCCGCAUCACCAAGCACAUCGCACAGAUCUUGUCGAGACACAGGUACCUUGCCAAGCUGUGCCGAGCACUGAUGACGUACGGUGCCCCCACCCAUCGGCUGGAAGAGUACAUGGCCAUGUCGGCCCGCGUGCUCGAGAUCGAGGGCCAGUUCCUCUACCUCCCCGGCUGCAUGAUCAUCAGCUUCGACGACAGCAGCACCCAUACCACCGAGGUCAAGAUCGUCCGGGCGCCGCAGGGCCUCGACCUGGGAAAGCUGCGCGACGUCCACGACCUCUACAAGGAGGUGGUCCACGAUCGCAUGAGCGUAGACGAUGCCAUCGUCAAGCUGGACCAGAUCAUGGCGCGGAAGCUUAAGUUCAGCAACUGGAUCCGCAUCCCCCUCUACGGCCUGGCCAGCGCCUGCGUGGCGCCCUUCGCCUUCCAGGGCCGCUUUAUCGACAUGCCCAUUGCCUUCGUCCUCGGCUGCCUGCUGGGCUUCCUCCAGCUCAUCCUCGCGCCGAGCAACGAGCUGUACGCGAACGUCUUCGAGAUCACCGCCGCCAUCGCCACCUCCUUUUUAGCCCGUGCGUUUGGGUCGAUCCGGGGCGGCGACCUUUUCUGUUUUUCCGCGCUCGCCCAGAGCAGUAUCGCACUGAUCCUCCCCGGCUACAUGGUGCUCUGCAGCAGCCUGGAGCUGCAGUCGCACAACCUGGUCGCCGGGAGCGUGCGCAUGGUCUACGCCAUGAUCUACACCUUAUUCCUGGGGUACGGCAUUACCAUCGGCACCGCCCUGUACGGCCUCAUCGACCAGGAGGGCGCCACGUCGGAGACGACCUGCCGGGGUCCUCUGGACCGGCGGUGGCACUUGCUCUUCGUGCCCUGCUUCACCCUGUGCCUCUGCAUCAUCAACCAGGCCAAGUGGAAGCAGACGCCGGUGAUGCUAAUCAUCUCGCUGGCCGGUUUCGUCGCCAACAGCUAUUCGAGCGACUACCUGCAGGGCAACACGCACAUCUCCAACCUCCUGGGCGCGCUCACAGUGGGCAUCAUGGCGAACCUCUACUCGCGCCUGCGCCGCCACAUGCACCGGUUCUGGCACCGCCUGGUUGACUGGUACCGGGACCGCGUCGCCCCGCGCUUCCUCCCCGCCAGCCGCCGGCGCCACCGUAACAUGUCGGGAGCCAACGCACCGCCGGCGUAUCAAGGAAACGGCGGUCACCAUCCCGUCCCGCUGGCGGACCUCGAGUCGCGGCCCGGAUCGCCUACGGCGUUUCUGGCCGAUGGGGACGACGAGAAGCCGCAGGACAAGGGGAAGCGGCGGAGGAGGACGAACACGGGCUACGGCCUCGCGGCUGCGGCCAUGCUGCCGGCCAUUUUUGUCCAAGUGCCGUCGGGCAUAGCGGCGGGCGGCUCCCUCCUCGCGGGCGUGACGUCGGCCGACCAGAUCACCAGCACCAUCAACGGCACGGCGACCGCUGUCGAGGAUUACAACCUGAACGGGACGGCCUUUACCGUUCUCUUUGCCGUCAUUCAAGUCGCCAUCGGCAUCACGGUCGGACUGUUCCUCAGCGCCUUGAUCGUGUACCCUUUCGGCAAGAGGCGCAGCGGGUUGCUCAGCUUUUGAUUUUCAUGCGGAGCAUCGAUUCGAAUUGCAUUCCAAAUAGACCUGUUUUUUCUUUCUCUUGCCAUCUUGUUCGGUUGGUAGAAUCAGAAAUAUUGGCAUUAUAGAGUGAAGUCGGGGGAUUGGAUGGAAGAUAAUAGACGGUAAUGAUGGGGAUAAUGGAGUUUUUGAUGCACAUGGGGAAGAUGGACGGGCCCAAGGCGUUUUGGCAGAGAAGACGGUACCAACAUGAUGAUACGCACAAUAUACAGCUAGAACCGGAAAGUUUCUAACAUGCAAUUUUCGGAAAUAAUACUGUUCCAAACCAUGAAUUAAGAAAUAGAUUAUUAUUAUUUUUUCGAAAGAAAAAAAGGAAAGGAAAAGAGAGGAGAGGAG